CACUCCGUUUAUUUUCGCGUACUGUUUUUAGGUAUAGGAGGAGAAAAAUUGUCCGAUCAAGAUCAUCGGUUUGACUCUUAUUUAUGGAAUAUACAGAAUAAGUACUAUGAGGCACGAGUGUUGAUCUGUGUGACGGAAAAGCCAGCUUCAGAUAUCCCAAUCGAUGGGGUCGAAGCAUUGAUCGUACAUCACGAUGCACUGGCUGAAAAUGCGGAGGAAAACUUGAAAGCAUGGUCUCCUUUGAUCGGUUCUUUGGCCGAAUCGGCUGAAGUACUGUUAUUUUCAUGUAAUGUCACAACGGAUUCCGUUGCAAAGGACACAGUGAUAAAGUGGUGUUUGCAAAAUAGAUUUGAGUUAAUAGAAUCGAGUAGACCUGACGACGUAGAUGGUUCAGCAGAAGCUGACGCAGAGAACAACAAAUAUGGGAUAGAGAGGAUUAUCGAGGCUCUGCAUGCUCACAUCUGGUCGAACAUGAUACUGAAAUCUGGAAAAUCGUCGUCGUCGUCGUCGUCGGAAUUAGAGGAACAAAAUGUAGACGUGAACCAAGUGGAGAAGCAGUUUGAAAACAUUGUGUUGAACCAGAAUUCCACGGAAACCACCAGUCCAAUGGAAAAUAUGCUGGAUGGAAUUAUGGGUGAAGAGAACGUGGACUUUGGUGAACUGUUCAGUCAAUUGAGAGCUAUGAAAGAGCAUGCAGCGAUGUUGCCCACUGAUCAAAGAAGGAUAGCAGCUGAGCAAUUAGUCACAGCUUUUUGGAAAGCAAUGGGUGGCGACCCAUCGGAAAUGGAGGAUUAACGGCUGCUGCGAGUAAUUAAUUGAUUAAUUCACAAUGAAUGAAAUGUUCAUGUGUUUCGCGAAGUACCGAUAUAUCGUACCAGGGUAGAUGAUUAUACGUCGAUAUCUUUUUUUGUUUCCUGAUGAUCACACACGCACACACACACAUACACACAUACGAGUAGACGAUUGUAAGCCACGAUGAUCGAGGAUGGUGAAACAUGGGUAUUUAAAAUUUGAAAACUAUUGUAGCGAAACUUUGAAAUGUGUCAUAAAACGGUUUAUUAAUUUGUGAAACGUGUUCAAAUUUUUUCUAUAUAAAUCAGUCAUCAACACUCAUUGUAAUCAUGAUUUUAUUACGGCAGCAAGUACGUGGUACAUAUAUAUAGGAAGGAGUAGAUCAAGUGCUGCGAGAUACGUCAUUAAUUUCUAAUCAACUUUAUUCCUAAAGAAGUUUCGAAUAAAAUGAUGAUAAAGUGUU